UAUGUCGCCAUUUUUAAAUGUCUCGCGUGCUCCAACCAAUUUGCACAUGAAUUUGCACAACAAAGUCCAGGGCGCGUGCAUUAGUUUCGCUUCGCAAGUUGGCAAAAGUGCUCGAAUAGGCCACAAGUCUUGUGGUUUAGCAAGCUUUCAUCUGGGUAAUCGGGCGCCUCCGGCUACGGGUAAUCAAUUCCGUGACGGUCCUCCAACUAGGCGUGUGUCGUGCCUCAAGUUGCCGAGCUGCUGAUUCUCAAGACGUAUUCACUUCGUGACAACAUCGCCUGCGCGCGUCAUGAAAGUGUUGGCAUUGGUUAGCGGCGGGAAGGACAGCUGCUUCAACAUGAUGAAGUGCAUCGAGAAUGGUCACGAGAUCGUCGCCCUAGCCCACUUGAAGCCGAAAGACAGUGAUGAGCUCGACAGCUACAUGUACCAGUCUGUAGGCCAUGAAAUCAUUGACCACUAUGCUGAAGCUAUGGGGCUGCCGCUGUUCCAGGGGGACAUCGUUGGCAAGCCGCACAACCAAGCAAGCGAGUAUGAGGUUACGGAAGGGGACGAAGUUGAAGAUCUUUUCAAGUUGAUGACAAGGGCUAAAGAGGCAGUUGACUAUGAAGCUGUGUCUGUUGGGGCCAUUUUUUCAGACUACCAGCGUGUACGUGUUCUUAAUGUGUGUGACAGGCUAGGUGUCACGAUGCUGGCCUAUCUCUGGCACCGUGACCAGGCCCAGCUUCUGAGGGAGAUGGUAGACUGCAAUGUCCAUGCCAUCCUUAUAAAAGUUGCUGCCUUGGGUCUGGAACCUCACAAGCACCUGGGGAAAACCUUGGCUGAAAUCUACGACCACAUGAUCUCAAUGGAAAAAAAGUAUGGCCUCAAUGUCUGUGGUGAAGGUGGCGAAUACGAGACUGCCACUUUGGAUUGCCCGUUGUUUCGCAAACGGAUUGUCGUAGAUGAAAGUGAAGUCGUAAUUCACUCUGAUGAUGCAUUCGCACCUGUGGGCUACCUGAAGAUAAAGCAAAUGCACCUUGAAGAUAAGCCACGCUGUGAUGAAGACGCACAAAAAACGCCGGAAGUGUCAUUACCAUGUUGAUUAAAGGGACUAGUACUUGCUGAUAA